GUUGGGAAUCGCAUUGCGAAAUUACUUAAUGCUUUAAUGGAAACAUAUGGCGUAAAAGGAAGAAAUAUACAUUUAAUUGGACAUAGUUUAGGCGCACAUAUAAUGGGUUUUGCAGGAAUGUUUUCAUUGGAAAAAAUACAUCGUAUCACAGGAAUGGACCCUGCGCGUCCUCUUUUUGAAAUACCAGAAGUUUCUCCAGAUUAUCGUCUAGAUAAAAGUGAUGCUGAUUUUGUUGAUAUAUUGCACACUUGUGGAGGGAUAUAUGGGUACCAGGGAAGUUACGGUCACGCAGACUAUUAUCCUAACAGUGGACAACCAGUGCAACCAGGAUGUAGCGGUGUUCGUCAAGUAGCCGAUUCAUGCAGUCAUGGCAGAUCGCACGAAUACUUUGAAGAAUCAAUAGAAUAUAAAUAUAACACAGGCUUUAUUUCUUUCCCUUGUGAAAAUUGGAAAAAAUUUGACAAUGGCGAAUGCAAAGAACAUCCAACUAGUAUGGGAUACAACGCUAAUGUUAAGAGUAUUGGCAAUCACUAUCUUCGUACUCGAAACGAAUCUAAGUUCGCUAUCGGUAAUGAUUAGAAAUUGAUAUUGGGUAAAACAAUAAAAUGUCUUCAAAA